AUGGAUAAUUCGUCAAUGGUGCCGGAAGAUUAUAAUGAGGAAGAUGAACAAGCUGAAGAGUAUGAGAAUUUAGGAGCUAAAUACAAUAAGAAUUCGGUUGACGAAAGUGAUCUUUCAUCUUUAAGUGACCAAGAACAGGAGCAAGAGGGGGAGCAAGACAUUGAGCCAGAGGUGAGUGAUAUUGAAGGACUCAAUACUUCGAAUAUCGAAGAUGAACUUGAAGAUGAAGAAGACGAAGAACCGGAAUCCGAAGACGAAGAAGAUAAUUAUAAAUUAGAAGAUCCCGAUGAGAUCGAUGAGGAUUUGGAACUAAAAGACGAACUAGAAGAACCACCCAAAGAAAGUCAACCAAAAAGUUUAAAAGUAACUAUAAGUAAACCAAAACCGGAAAUAAGACAAGCUCCAGCAAGAGAAACUAGGAAAAGACAAUUACCAAUGUAUGAAGAAGAUGAACUGGACGAUUUCUACGAAGAAGAUGAACCAGCUAAACCCAAAAAGAAAAAAAUACCUAAAGCUGUUGUACAACCAACCGACUUGGAUGCCGACUUAAUCCUCACCGAUGAAGAAACUGAAUAUAACCCUCACGCCAAUCCAGAUUUGUCUAAAAUGACCGAAAGACAACGAGCCAGGUACUUAGAAGAAGAAGAAGAGCCAGAAGACGAAGAAGAAGAAAAGAAGAAGAAAUUCAUCGAAUUAGAUGAUUCUUUGAAUAAUUACAAAAAGGCCAAACCCAAAAAGAAGGAAACUGAAGAAGAGGCUGCGCUUAGAAAAGCAGAAAACGCCCGUAAAAGAUUGGAUUAUAAAAACAAAAUGCUAGAAGAAGAGAAAAGAGACACCUUAAACAAACUCUUGAAAAGAAGAGCUGCUAAAACAAGAGAAGUCAAUCCCAAAGAUUCUUCCCACGAACAUGAUUCCUCUACAAAAAUAGCUGAAAAACCAAGGAGACCCACCACCGACCAUCCGGCCAUGUCCAGAUGGAUAAACAACACCUCCAGCUUGAACGGUCACUCAGUCUUGGGCCUUGCCGGUACGGCUUCCCCGACUACCAUUGUCGAAGAACAUGUAUAG